UCAAAGUGAGAGUUCCUCUAACCUCCGACUCUCCGACCAUCUGUCUGCCUUUUCAAUUUUUUAUUUCUGUUUUUCUGAAUGAAGAAUUAAUUUUAAAUAUAUCUGGAGAGACUAGAAAAGGAAAGAGGAGAAAGAAAAAUGGUAAAAAAAAAAUGGAGGCUGGAGCCUCCUUUCCAGAUAAGUGGGCCUAGAUGGAAAGAAGCAACGGUCACAAGGUUUGAAAAUUCGAAACCACAACGUUCACCUUCUCUACUAAAUCCUCCAUCAUCUCUCUCCCUACUUUUUAUUUCUUCUCCAGAGGGGCCACUCCAAAAAAUACCAUCUCCAAUCCUCUUAAAUACUACUACAAACCACAAAUCUCAACAUCCAAGAAGCCAUGAAAAUGCUCAAGACUCUCAAGAAGCUCAAGUUCUGGCACAGAAAAAAGAAGAAGAAGAAGCCCUAUCUCCCUCCCCCUCCUCCUCCUCCUCCUCCUCCCCCUUUACCAUCUCCUCACUGCUGCUGCUCAUGCCCCUCUGCUCCACCUCUACCGCCUUGGUACGACGCAGAGCAGGCCUAUGAUGCUGCCGCUGCUGCUCCAGUCCCAUGUUUUGUUUAUUCAACUCCACAACAGGAGAUAGUCUCAGAGGCCCGACCAUCGUAUCCAACACUGCCGGUUACCAGCACCUCAUCUUAUCAGCAGUACAUGGUUCCCAAUCCGGUUUAUGGCAUUCCUGCUGUGCCUGCACCCACAAAAGAGAAGUCAGCUGGGCUUUUUGGUUGUGCAGUUGAGAUUGGCAGGUAUCUCUUCCGCUGCUUCUGUCCAUGUUUUCGGGUUCGAGAAGCUUGCUAAAGAUAGUUUUGAGGCAGUUACAGUUGAUGCUGCCUUACCAAGAAUAGACCAACCAUCAAGCGUCUUCACAACAAAAAUUCACACUAAAAAAGUAGAAUGAAAAAAUUGAGGAUAAAAUUUUACUCAUUGCUAGGCAGGAAGGGAAAUAUUUACAUAUAGGAUUUGAGCCUCUUGUUAAAUUUUUGUUCUAGACCAAAAUCUUUUAGCUUGCAGCAUCAACCUGCAGAUCUCAAGAUUUAUAGGAUUUUAUGAGUGUGAGAUUGAAUAAUACUGUCAAAGAAUUUUAGGUUUGUGUAUUAGCAAUGCUAAGGAAAUAUAGAUGUUGAUCUCAAGGUCAACGCUAAAGUUUGUGUAUAAGUAUCGGAAUUACUAAUUAGCAUUCGGGUUUGCCUAUAAUGUCAAAUGGUAAGGGUCCAAAUUGAAAGUUCAGUAUAAUACCUUCAAUCAAGGGGUGCUAUGUGUACACCUCGAUCACGUACACCUUGAUCCCACUCCAGUCCUACUGCUUGUACUAUACAUGUCUCAUUAUUUUGUAAUUGAUCUCGUUUUGUUUGUAUCUUGAUCUAUCUGUGUGUACUAUCAUUUAACCACUAAAAUUUUAUCAUAAGCUUGAAUGGCCCAGAUUGAAA